AUGAAGCUUUCUUCCACCCCCACACAAUAUGGAUACAAUAAUAGCAUGAGAAGGCCGAAACGACGACGUCUAGUAUGGAUCGUUGCGAUUCUGAGUCUCAUGCUUCCACCCGCCAUUGCUGAAACAUCGAAUACUGUGGAAACAUUAGAUUUCAAGCUGCGGCUCCCUCAAGUGGUCGACGGGGGAUCGUCAUCCUCGUCAUCAAGUUCCGACGAGACGUUUCAACAACAAGAACAACAGAUAGAUCUAUUGGAAAAGGAGACUUCCGCAUCAGAAGAGGAGGAGGAAUUGUUUGCAGAAGAACAAGAGACAGAAGAAGAACAAGAGACAGAAGAAGAGCGACGGUUGAAGAGCUCAAGCAAUGAUUACUGGGGUUAUUCAUCAGGCUUUGACGAUUACGUAAACAAUGAUGACGACUUUUACAAGUACAUUGAUGACGAAUUCGGGCCAUCCCUUUUGCCACUGACCGGUAGGACUGCACUGGGACUCAUGCUGGCAUCCAUUGGCAUUGUCUUGGGAAGCAGCGGAGGGAUUGGUGGUGGAGGAAUUGUCGUUCCUGUAUAUAUUAUCGCAAUUGGAAUGUCACCUAGAGCAGCUAUUCCAUUGGGCUCUGUCACGGUUUUGGGUGGAUCACUUGCGGCAAUUCUGGUCAAUUUCAAGAGACGCCAUCCGUUGGCAGAUCGUCCAAUCAUUGACUGGGAUCUAAUUCUCGUGAUGGAACCACUAGUACUGGUUGGCGCCAUUAUUGGUUCAAUGUUGCAUCGAGUUGUCAGUGAAAAGAUUCUGGUGGUCAUGCUGGUACUGUUAUUGAGUGCAGUGGCACACACUACUUUGGCUAAGGCAAAGCGCAUGUUUGAGGCAGAAUCGAGAUAUAUUGAACACUUGAAAGCAGCUCAGUGGGACCAAUUGAGUCGGGUUACAUCAAUGGGGGCAUGGAGUGCUCAUGCAGUGGGAGACGGCAGUCCGACAAAAGUCCCAACUGUUGAACAAAUUCCUUCCCCUUCUCGUACCAUGACCUUUGAUUCUGUCCCAACUGUGCCAACAAAACUGGAUGCAGAUGAAAAACAACGUAUUCUUAUUGUCAAUCCUGAUUUUGUGACUCUGCGGUCGGAUAUUUUGGAACAAGAAAAGGUUACUCCAACCGGAAAAAUUUUGGUCAUGUUUGCUAAGUUUGCAAUCAUUAUGUUCCUGAACAUUACCAUGGGAGGUGGUGCUUUUCGCAGUCCAUGGGGAAUUCUUUGCGGAAGUGUAUCCUACUGGGUGGUCCACGUUAUCAUGGUGGCUUUUCUAAUGGCCUCUGGUUGGGCGGCUCAGACUUAUCUUAUCAACAGAUACGAACUGAAAGAGAUUAUUCGGUAUGACUAUGUUCGUGGAGACAUCAAGUGGGAUCUACGAAAUGCUAUUGUUUAUCCUUUUCUAUUCAUGUGUUCCGGGUGUUGCGCGGGUAUGUUUGGUAUUGGCGGUGGAAUGAUUUGUGUUCCCCUGAUGCUUGCAAUGGGUGUGCAUCCAAGUGUUGUUACUGCCACUACAGCGACCAUGAUGUUCUUCUCAACAUCUUUGUCGACCGCUUCUUUCGCUGUCUUUAACCUGGUUCUUUGGGACUUUGCCAUUGUUUGCUUUAUCCUUGGUUUCUUUGCGUCUCUUGUGGGACAAGCCAUUACCCGAAGAGCGAAACGAGGAUCUAAUGUCAGCGGGACUAACUUUGAACGGAAUUCCUUUGUUGCCUACAUGAUUGGUGGAGUUAUCAUGCUUUCCGCUCUCCUAAUGACUCUCCAAUACGUCUUGCACAUUGUCGCUUACAAAGAGUCGUCCAAUGAACGAGAAGGGGGGCUGUGCGAAGGAUACCGAGUAGGAAUGUAG